AUGGAGAGAACCUGUAGUGCCCGAGUCGGCUUACAUUCCUUACCGAAUGAGCUAUUAGUGAUCAUUGUCCAAAAGGGAAAGGUGAAAGGUUUCUUAAAGCCUCUAUCACAAGUCAGCAAAGUUUUCCGCCAACUCUGUAUACCUUUUAUGUUUAACACCCUUCGAAUCACAGCCUCCACAGCAGGUCUGAAUUGCCUGACUCAAGCAUCACAGUCUCUAAUCAGACCAUACGUGAAAACGAUUCACUAUGAGGUUUCUGAACUCAUUGAUCCACUUGCCCAGAAUUGGGAUACCUUUCGCACCUGUAUCUAUCCUGUUUCUGAAUAUACCCGGGACCGAAAAGAGCGUUGGUCGAUGUUAGGAGGCCGUGAUGUCUCAUACUCGACGGUAUACUCGUACUUUUGCGCCCGGUCACAAGAACAGCAGGCUAUUAUUCGGUCUGGCCAUGACAUAACGGUACUCUGCGCGUCGCUCUCUUCGUUCCCGCAACUUGAUACGAUCCUGCUUCGAUUUGAGGACAACAUUGAACUACCAUUCCACUGGCUGGCAGACCGAGUGCUGUUGGACGGCCAGCUUUCCUUCCUAGAUCAAUUACGGAAAGUGGCCACAGCAAUAAAAGCAGCUAAGGAAUACGGCAUUUCUAUUCAUACAUUUGAAAUAUCUGGAUUUGAUCCUCAGUCACUCUCACAAGAGCCACACGAGUUGGAUCUAUUGACUGAUGCUCUUACUGAUAUUCAAGAACUACGGUUAGAAGACAGUCCCGCCCUCUUGGGGUUCUUUACCCGAAGUCCACUACCGUCUCUUCGACGGUUUGAGUUAGGCAGCUAUUGGAUGUCCGCCACAGAACUCAGGGAAUUUGUCUACGCCCAUGCCAAUACACUGAAAUAUCUUCAUCUGGAAGACAUCUGGCUUCUGCGAGAGAAACGCGAAGAGGAUUAUGUUGAUCUAUUACUAGCGACUACGGAAGCGAUUCUUGAAAGCAUAAGGGACAUUCGGCGCUCAGGUAUUCUACACGAGCUUACUAUGAAUAGACAGGCCAAUGGGGGCUGCGAGAUACGGGAGCUAUUGAAGUAA